GAGGACGGAGGAUGCGGUGCCGGGAUGUUGAUGUUUGGUUUAACAUUGAGGCAUGGCUGGGGCUGCGAGAAGAAUGAGAAAGUUGGGUUCAAGUGGUUGAGAAAGGCGGCAGAGAAUGCUGUUGCAGAUCUCGAGAGUGCCCGAAAUGGUGGCGGAAUUGAUCAAGGUGCUGUGAGGGCUGAGUUAAUCUUGGCGAUCUACGAGGUUGGGCAGUGUUUUUUCCAUGGCUGGGGAGUCCCGAAGGAUCAGAAGAUGGCUGUUAGCUACUAUCGUGUGGCGGCAAGGCUAGGAGAUGCUGAUGCACAGAAUGAUCUUGGCUUCUGUCUUGCGAAUGGGAAAGGUUGCAAGAAGGAUCGAAAAGAGGCUGCGAAGUGGUAUAGAGCUGCUGUUGAACAGGGGCAAAGUGAUGUUGGACUUGCUUGGAUUUACAAGGAAAAGUUUCAAUAGCACUCACUUGUUUAUGUUAAUCCUUCUUUUACUAUUAUGUACUGUAGCUGUAUAAGUAUUGCUUCACUUGGAUAGAUUGUUCUCAAUUUGUUGUGCAUUCCACGUCGUGACAACGACACAGCCACACAACUCUUUUCCUUCAUCCACAACGAUCACGAGAGCCUUGAGUUCCCCGACUCGACGAUGACGACCGUCACUCAGGCAUCCUUCGACGGCAGUUUCUUCAGUGGUUCAUGCAUUUCUACGAAUGAUGGCCGAGUAAAGGUUAGCGUCAAAAAAGUUCAAAGGAAACCUACUCCCACCCAACGAUCGAGCCCGCCCUCAUACCCCUCACGCUCAUCCUCAAUACUGUCUUCUCCUUUCUCAUCGCCACUUUCAUCACCGCCUUCCUCCGACGCACCCUCACGUAACCCCAGAAAGAAAAGAAAGAGUUCCGAACCUGGUCCUAGCACCGCGCCCGCGUUACCUCGUCCGGUUAAGAAGCUUCGUCGAGACAAACAGCUAAAGAAGAAACGCGGACCAUCGCGCGAGUCUAGCCCUGAAGAUCUUGCUGUCCCUUCUCCUCUACCGAUUUACAGGUCGAGCAGGUCGCGUUCAACUUCGUCGUUUACACCAGUGACCCCUACCGUUCAGCCGCGUAGAUGGACGGAAAUGCAGGAUGGAGAUCCUGGACCGGCACACAUGAGUCCUGAAGAAGUUGUGAGGAGGCUGAUGAAGUCGUAUAAAGGAUACUUCAAGAACCCAGAUGAUCCGAACGAUAAAUCAUUUGAACCUCAUCCGACGAACUAUCCGGUGGUAGAACUAGAAUAUCCCAAUACCGGUGCCUGUGAAAGAUACAUCCUCCUACAGCCCAAAGACAAGGAUCACUAUAGCCCCAUAUUAGACUUCGAAAAGACAUUGUACACAAUCAUAGAACAUUAUUUAACACCAGCGCAACAAGCCCUAUUCGGAAGUAUACCCAACGAAUCCCUUAUGGAUGUCUCAUCCCCUCCACCAUCACCAUCACCAUCACCUCCCCACUCUACAGCCUCCACCACUUCCCAUAAAUCCUCUUCCUCACUGUCCUCGUUGACAUCGUUAUCUGACGAAGAGGCCCCUCUACCUCGCGUUAAUUAUCUGAGGGCAAUACAACGAGCUAUCCAUCGACAGGAUGGACCGCUGUUUGUCAAAUCUGUUGAACAGGUUAAUGUAUUACUACGGAGCCUCAAAUACCCCAAGUUACCCGCCGACCCUUUCGCUCCCGCACCCAGAAAUUCCCUAAAGGACCGUGUCGAAAUGUGGACCGAGAAAGGCCUUCCACACAAAGUCUUGAUGCGGAUUAUAGAAGAGAACUAUCAACGAUGCGUAGGGCCGAACGUUCAGAGUCUAAGACGAUACGAGGCAUUCACCAGUGCCGUAUACGGAGAACUCAUGCCUUCACUGGUCCAUGAAAUUAUUCAACUGACGAAGCUCAAUGAGAAUUCUCUUUUCCUGGAUUUGGGAUCGGGAGUGGGAAAUAUCGUGGUUCAGGCGAGCUUGCAAACUGGAUGUCGGAGUUAUGGGAUCGAGACGAUGCCAGGACCGGCGAAGGUGGCGAAAGAAAUGGUCGAACAGUUUCGGAUACGAUGUAGGAUGUGGGGAGUGAAAGUAGGCGAGAUUGAGCUUGAGGAAGGGGACAUGUUGAACAGUGUUAAAGUGGAUCAGUUGAUCAAAGAAGCUGAUGUGGUAUUGGUGGAUAAUAAGGUGUUUGAAGAGAGCCUAAAUGAAGCGCUCAAGCCCAAGUUUCUGGAUCUCAAAGAAGGAGCUAUUGUAAUUUCACUCGCUCCCUUUGCGCCCGUGAACGCACGCGUGACUGAAAGAAACGUUGACGACAUAACUAGCGCGAUCUUUGAGGUCACGGAAAGACCGUAUUAUCCUGGUGCAGUAUCCUGGGGAAAUGGCGGUGGCCAGUACUAUAUCCACAGAGUGGAUAGGCUCGGUUACGCCGAAGUGAGAGAACGAUUCGAGAGCUCCAGAGUGGGCAGUAGACGAGCAAGCAGAAGUCGAUGGUCGUAGCAUUCGGAUGCAUUAAUGAGGCGGGACCCUUCGCUGACAUUUUUCAGUUAUUUUUUGCAUAUACCUCUUGUUUGAUUAUUUUUCUUUGUGCUACCAAGUUUACGUUCAAUCAAAGUUCUCUAUACUUAAUGGGAUUGCUUUGCACCUACUUUACCUCUAUAGUGUGUAGUUCUCCGA